AUGUCGAGUUCGGAAGAACGUCUUAACGAAUUAGAGGUUAUAAAAACUAAACUUGAUGUUUCAUUUGACCUGGUUUCUUCUGUAGUCGACUCUUGGGUUGGUGGAAGUGGCGGUGUUAAAUAUAUGUCGACUUCUGAAAAGAAGCUAAAACGUAAAUUAAUACAAAAAAAUGUGUAUAAUGAUGAUAAUUUAAAUUACUACGCAAAGGAUAAUAAAUCUGAAGAUGAAGAUGAAGACGACAGUAAAACUUUUGCUACAUCUAAAAGAUCAAAAUUAGAUUCUGCCACUAAUUAUCAUAAAACUUUCACCUUUACAGAACCUGAUAACCUUGAACUCGGUCGCUUUUCCGGGAUUAUUCAAGAUCCUGCUAUAAGCAAGAAACAAGUCCGAUUCGAAAUAAAAGAUGAUCGAGUUUAUGCUCUAGCUCUUGGGGCAAAUUCGAUGAUGAGAGGACCCGAAAAAAUUUGUAAAAAUAAUAAAAUAGAAAUUCAUGAUGGUGAAACUUUAACGUUAAUGCAGGCAAGCUAUUUUUUGAAAAAUUUGAAUAAAUAUCCAUUUAAAGUAUCAAUUACAAAGAUGAACAACCUUGCACCAAAUUUGCAAAGUUCAUUACAGAGUAGUUUUACAUACCAAAAUCCUAGUAUAGGAAAUGUUAGUUUUUCACCUUCACUUCUUCAUAACGAUAAUGAUCGUGAAAAUGAUGAAAUGGAAACCCCUUCUCAGCUUUUACGAGAGAUGAUUUCUUCACAAGGUGAUCUUGACAUGAUACCAGAUGAUGAUCAUGAUAAUACACCUUACAAUGACGAUAGAGAUUCUAGUGAUAAUGGUGCCGAAAUUCUAGAUAGUGAGGAUAGCUCUAAAAGUAAUGAAUCAGAUGAUAAGAUGAUCUCUUCUGAAUCUUCAUAUCUUGGAAGUUCAUGUGAAUCCUCUGAAUCUUAUAUAAGCGAUUAA